UUUGAAUUGGUGCCAAGCUGCCAUGGUUUGUGACACAGAUAAUACUGAACUGAAAACAGUUCUAACCAAUUUAUUCUAUUCUAUUGAAUUAUUUUAAAGUUAUUGUAUAAAAUAUAAGCUACUGUGAUUUUGUAUUACAUUCGUAAAAACAUUCUUAUGGGAGGUUGUUUUUCUAAAUUUAGUGCACCAAAGACAUCUCUUGAUUGGGUGCCUGUCUCAGAAUACAACAGUCGUAGUAACUACAGUCAGUCAAGGAAACCAACAAAUAAUACAUCGGAUCACGAACUAACAGAUUUGGACAACUCGGUAUCAUUUGAGAGUGGAUUUGGAAGGUUUGUGCCAGUGAGACCACAGCCACGCGCGUUACCGCUGAACGUGCAAAACCGUGAAAAUAUAUCCACUGAACAACAUGAUGAUGGUGCUGGAUCAUCUUUGUCUGGCCAUACUUUGCAUCCCUAUGUGCAUCAGAUGCAGAACGGUCUAAUUCCGCAUUCCAACCAUGCAUCAGCAGCUGUAAUGAUAGUCAAUCCCACUACACCAAAUGCUGUUACUGGAAACGUUUCACAACCAUUUAAUGCACCUAAUCAAAACAGAAAUAAUUUAACUAGGAACUUGAAUCCUUCUCGAAAUAAUUUUGAAGGGAGCCACGCAAGCAACAAUAAUACUACACCACCAAUAUCAAAUUCUAGAACUGGAACAAAGACUGUCAACUUAAUCAACAAUAUGUAUGAACAAGGACAGGGCAGUUUCAAUAAUAUCAAUGAGAAUAAUCAUGUUCACCGGGAAUCUGCCCGGGCUUUGGGAGAAGCAAUUGCAGCCGCUUGUCCUGAUGCAGCAGCUGUAGAGCGCAGACUUGGACAAAUACGAGAAUACAUUAGGGUUACUUCAUCCCUCGUCGAUACUAUGCGUAAUUCUGAGGAAGAGGCUUUUAUCGAACACACUAAAGAAGAAUAUGAUGAGCUGGUAGAGAUGGUAAUGAAAUUAAAGGAAAGUGAAUCUAAACUUGUGAAAAUCUUAGAUACGCCAGAGAAUGUUGAAGUGCCUGCGGAGGAGACAGACGGAGUAGUUAUUGUAGAACUACCGUCUACUGACGCUCACACGGAGAGCAAACCUGAGCCUCCAAUAGAGACAAACACGAAUGUAGACAAAACAUCUAAUGUUAAAAAUGUGCCUGAUAACAAUGUCAUAAACAAUAACUUGAAAAAAGUUACUAACAUUGAAAAUGAGCAAUUGAAUAAAUCUAUGCAUAGCAUUAGGAAUGACGAGGAUGGUCUUGCUCAAGAGGAAAUUAAGAAAGCUGGAGAUGGCGUUACUAUUGUUGUCGAAAACGCAGAAUCCUCGUCAGCAGCACCUGACAAUGUAGGUAGAACUGCUGAUGCUAGUAAAGAAAAUAAAAUUCAAGUGGACGAUGAUGAAAUAAGAAAAGACGAUCAAGAAUUAAAAGAUAUGUUACGAAAAAACAUACUUUCGUGUGUGGAAAAAAUUACGCGGAUAGAAGAGAUGAAAAACAAAAAGAAAGAUUCGAAUACACGCAGCGAUCAGGAUACUGUAACGCGACCAGUGUCUGCACAAAGCAACGGCUCUACCUACAGUGACAACGAACUGUGGCAAAAUGAGAUUAAAAAUAAAAUGGAAAUGUCGCAAAUGCGUUUGGCAGCUUUGAAACAACAGCAACGGAGACUCUUAAAAUAUCAGGAAGAAGCAAAGCAUCAAUUGGAAGAAAUGAAUAGAGAUAGGGAAAGAGAGAGACAAGCUCAGGAGGUGCAACCUUCUACUUCACAUGACAACUUUGGUGGUGCACAAAACCAAUCACUAGGUGGUAAUUACCAUCACGCGAAUCGUAUGUACGCUGCCAACCAGCAGAUAGGCGUCGCGACCACAUUACCGCAUUCAUCAGAGGCCCUGCACUUACAACAAAAUUUGGCUGUCAGUGUGGACACCGACCAUGGACAUUCAGUACAUUCUGCCCAUAGCCAAGACGAUAGGUUCUCGCAUCGGGAUACUAAUGUUACUGGAAGUGAGGAGGCGGCAGGCGUGGGACGCGACAGUGAAGCUGACGAUGACGAAGUUCUUCUCAAUGAACGGAGUCGUAUUUUACAACUCAAACUCAGAGAAUUACAGAUGAAGAAGCAACAUAUGGAAAGUUUGGUACAGGAAUUCCAAAAACUUCAAAUGGCAACUCAUCUAGGUUCCGGCCGUAAUACUUACUCUAGCUCGGGCGAAGAUAGCGGCGACGAAGAAAUACCUCGGAAAUGUAAUAAACCCACAAGCAACAACAAAAAUGAAGAUCCUUUUAAAUUAUUGGAAAUAAAAGCGAUUAAAACAGCUCUUCAAAAAACAAAAGACUUAAUGAGAACAGUAGAGAAUUAUGAGGCAGAACAUCUUUCUACGGCUCACGAUGAUUCUUUCCGAGAAUUAUCGACUCACUCGAAUAUCCAUGACAAUAAAUCGGAGGGCGGUGGAAGUAUGGGUGGCUGGUCUAACGAUGGCAGCAUGUGUCGCGUGCGCAACUCGUUGCCGCAGCGACACAAGUUCACCAACGAGCAGCACUCGCAGCAACACUCGCUCCUGCAGGCGCAACAACAUCAUGCGCAACCGCAGCACCAUGUGCAACAACAUCAUGCGCAACAACAACACGCGCAACAACAACACUCGCAACAACAACAACAAAGUCACGAAGACAACAUAGCGACGUUGCAGGAGUUGGCUCAAGAACUUCGCAUGGAAACAGAGAAAAUAAUGGGGGAACGAGCUCGCAUCAAGGAUAUGAUAUCUAAUAAGGAAGUGAGUCGUAAGCAAAAGAAAGUGAACGAAGAAGUGCGCGCGGGUCCGAGCGGACAGAGCGCGCCGAGCGGCCAGCCCGGCCCCGCCGAGCGACGCCAGAUGCAACUACGAGCGUUACUUGCUGAUAAGCAACGUGAACUAGAAGCUCUUCUCAACAAAGAGAAAGUUUUAUGUUCUGCUCCUGAACCCCAAAAUAUGAAGCAAGAAUCACGUAGUGCAUCCGUUGUAAAUCAAUCGUAUAACAGUGAACAAGACCGUAUCAGUGAGCCUGAAUCACGAUCUGAGCAAAUACUUCUAGAUUCACAGGACUCUAGAGAAACAGAGAACUUUAGGGGAGGUGGUGACAGUGCCAUGGGUGGUAGAUCCGCUGCGGCUUUGCCUCCUCAUAUGGGCAGUGCUUACGGAAGCGACACAGAUAGUGCAUCUAGGAAUAAAUCUAAUCAGAGAAACCGAGUUCGACGACGACAACCCCAAGAGAGACAGACGGACGAUAGUAGUUUGACCCAGUCGACCAACACAAAUCAAAAUAUACGUCACGAACCCAGAGCGGAGUCAUCGAAUGUCAACAUGGUUCCGCCAAUUUCUCAAAAUGCUGGAGAAAAUCCGGGACACAUGCCCUAUCCACAUAUGCCACCUCCUGGCUGGAACACAAACAAUAAAUCCAACCAGGAUAUGAGAAACCAGUUCACUCAGAACAGUCACUCUCAGACUAUGGAGCGAUUGAUGGGAACACCCCAGCUCUCGUUCCCGCCGUCCAUGCCAUUCAACAUGAUGAUGCCCUACAGUAUGGUGGGCGGGUGUAGCUGUGGGUGCGGGUUCUGGGGCGCCUGGUGCUGGCAGCAACUUGUCAUGCAGCAGAGGGAACUGCACCAGCUCCGGGAACAGCUUAACCAUAUGGAAGAACGCUGGCGUGCGGAAACAGCGUCGCACACGCUAAAUAAUCAAGUUCCUCCAGGAAACAGAGCUAAUAACUAUUGGGAUAACUUCCGCAGUUAUUCGCGUCAAAAUCUCCUGUCGGCCAAUAACAAAGCAAAUGCUGAUGGCCACUUAGGAGUUGGUCCCGCUCAUAACCCACACCCUUUGGUUGAAAGAUCUCAUAACACGCUUCACCGUACCCCCUCGGCCACGCCUCCUUGUAUUACUCCCAAGAGAAAUACUAACGCUGCCAGUUCGUCUCACAAUGCCGCACAAUCAUCUCAGGCAAAUAAUGAUGACGUACCAAACAGACAAACGCGACGGAACGUUGCCUACGAAAGAUCCCUUUCUUUCUCAUCUGCUCCAGAUGUAUUGAACGUAAAUCAGAAUCCCGAUGCUGAAACGCCCACAGCUUGCCUUUCGAGAAACAUUGAAGAAAGCAAUGUCUCUAGCUCGUGUAAUAUUAAUAUUAAUCGACAAGACGCCCCAUCAAACUCUUUCAGAAAUUUGAAUAUAACAAAUCCAAUUCCAGAAAUAAUACAGGCCCAUGCGAAUAACUUAAAUACUUCUGCUAACAGCAAAAAGAAAUCAUCGUCUAAAUUACCUGCUAAGAAUUCAACUAAUCGAAGAAAUUAUACCUUGGAUUAUUCACAAAUGAGUAAUAUUAACAUUGCAAGCACUUCUGAGACGCCUAAUCCUAAUUUAGCGUCAACAAGUCGCGAGGUGCAAGAUAAGGCAACCUCGAAGUUAUUUGAUCUACUCAGAGAAAAUGUUUAUUCUGAAGUGACAGCUUUGAUUGAUGUGAAUGAAUCUCACCCAGAUUUUUUAAUACAAUUGUUUAGAGAGCUACAGCUGAUAAGUUCCGAUACCUUGCGACAGAAAGUAUUACAGUCUAUACGUAAUGUAUUGUCUCAGUAUAGUUCCAUUAUCGAAAGUCAAAGCAAUGAGGGUGCUCACGACGAGAAUAGACAAGAAACCGUUUCAACAACAUCGGGUGAAGCUACAGCGUACAAUGACUGUAAUGCAUUACCAAUGCAAAAUGGCGCAGGAAAUUCUUUACAACUCGAUAAUAAAAUAGUUCGCUUUUUAUUGUUAAAAAGCGAUGAGACAUGUACAUCAGAGUUUUUAGAGACAUUAGUAUCUCUUAUAUUGAGCAACAAUGCUGAUGGCAGGUAUACCCAACAGGCCAAGAGGCGGCUGCUCGAGUUACUUUCAAAAUAUGAGGGAAUGCGAGUUUGUGAUGUUUCUGGUGACAUAAUUGAAAAUUUGCCAGUAUUCAUACCUUCUAGUAAUGAAAAUGAGCCAACGCAACUUACAAAUGAACUAUCAGAAUCUGGAAUACUGCAAGAUGUCGCUGGUUCCUUAAAUUUAUUCAGUUCAAGCGACAGCCAAUUGCAUCAGCUAAAUCCGUGUCCUUACGAUCUGUGGCCUGGACACGUUCACAUGGAUAUUGAGAAUUCAGACAUGAACGAUAAUAGCCCACGUUCUAGUCAAGAAGGAAAAGUUGAUCUCAUAAAUUGUUCAGAGAUGCAUAACGGAGAUUUGGCCGAAGCCGACCAAACUCGAUGUGAUGAAUUAGAAGACGGCGCAGUAAAUGGACAUGAUGAAGCUGGAGCUAAUGCAGAGGCCCUACCUGACGUGGUCGACACAGAAGAAGUCACUCCUACAGAGGCGGAAGCUGAGUGGCUUGGACUUGACCGUGUGCCAACAAGGCUGCACAUGGAAGAAUCAUCUGAAAAACAAAAAGGUGAAGUUAUUACACUAGUAAAAGUGGAGCAAAAACUCAAACUGAGCCAUUUUGGCUUUUACAUUGUUUGAGCUUUAACUGAAAGGGAAGACAUAAAUUAAAGCUUCUUACUCCACCUGUAACAGAAAAACAAAGCAAAUUGAAAUAAUUAGUGUUUUCUUUUUUUCAGAUUGAACUGAGAACUUUGACGACUCCCUGAUGAAACUAGUAUUACUGAAUGACUAUUAUUGUAUCCCACUAUUAUACUAUUGAACUAUUCUUGUCAUAAAUACUUUGUGUAAUAUAUAUACAUAUAAUAUAUAUUAAUAAAUAAUCUUAAACAAAUAUUUUUAUAUUUAAAAAAACAUCCACCCUUUGUCCUAUUAUAAUUUUAUUAAAAAAAACUUACACUAAUUAUAAAGAAACAUAAGCAUAUUUUAAAGUGUACAAAAAAGUAGCAUAUAUUUCUUAAAGUCCCAAUCAUUUAAGUCUUAAAAAAUAUCACACACAAAUAGUAGUCACAGACACUGUAUCAAAUGAAAAAUAUUUCCUCCAUGAAUGUUCCAAUAUAAUGAUUCCAUGACACUGAUAUCUUCGUUGCUUGCAUCCAAUUUCACUGUCUCAUUUGUCUCAGGUUCAAUGGUUUUCUCUCUUUGUACUUCUGCAGAUAAAAUGAUAAUUUUCUUAAAUUAUUUUUUUGUAUUUUUUUUUCUCAUUACAUUUGACAUUGCAGUAGAGAUCAGAUCAUAUGGACCAUGAGACAACGAGAUAUGUCUGGAUUGUUGUGUGUUGGACGAAGUAAACAUGGAUUGUAGUUGGAAGUCGAUGGCACCAUACCCUCUGAAAUAAAUUCGAACCUCAUCACACUGGGCCUCAAGUUUCAGACAGGAAGCCUCCAAGCCAAGUUUUGUUGCUGUUUCAACUUUUAAUUGGUUAACUUAUUUUAUAGUCCCAAGGUUAAGCACAUUAAAUACUUGAAAGAUUUUUCUUGGAGUUGCUCAAUUUCCUUUAAAAGAUAUGCUUUAUGUAUAAUUAUUGCUUUUGUAAUUGAUCUGUUGUUGAAUAGGUCAUAGAUAGCUCAAAUUAAGGGAAUGUACUGUUAGUUAAUUCACUAGGAUACUUCUUGAGCAACAUCUAAGAGGCCUUUAAUCUCUGAUCUGUCAGGAUUUGUUUCUCAAUGCUUUGUCUAUAUGCUUCAAUACUAUUUUCAGCUGGAUUUACUAUCAGGUGUUGUAAUACAUUUUUUUAUUCAUCUCUGUUUCAGUGUUCUAUUGUGGCCAUAAUCAUCCUGUGAGAAAUCUAUGCAUACACUGAGUAGGCUCUUCCAGUUGACUUAUCAGAAUUACAUAUUAAGUUGGCAAUUUCAAUCACACAAACCAGAUUUGGAAUAGCAUGGCAAUACAUGGCCCUUUUUUUGCUUUCAAUCCUUUCAUCCAAAAUGUUUUGUAUCUUUCUUUAAUUCCAUUGUCACAAUAUGGUUUUUACUGGCAUUGUAUUUUUAUCUUGGAAUGGCAUUCAACAUGCAGCAUGAAAUAAUUCAAGCAACAGCAUUUAAUUUAUGCAUAAUAAUAGUAAGUCAUUUAAUUGAUCUUACCUUGUGUGUUUGUAAAUCUUCACAAGUCCUCUGUAUGUGCCAUUGUGCAUAAGUGCUCCUGUAUGCUAAUGUUGCUCAUGCCAUUGAAAUAAAAGUAACUUUAAUGUGCUUAGCCUAUAGGAUACUAUUUUGAAAAGCAUAUUACUAAGAGCUAUUAAACAGAUUGGCAAAGUUGAAUGUAAAUUUCUUGCUGAGAGAGAUACUUCAAAACAUGUUGAGACUGAGUCAUGUGGGUGCCUUUGUAGAGAACAUAUUGCCAAAUGAAGUAUUGAGUUUUAUCAAAUUCUGAUUGUUUUUUUUUUAUAUGCAUGUACAUCAAAUAUUUUGUUAUUGCUUUUGUGCCAAUCUAUGUAAUAUUUCAUGAACUACACAAAAUAAAAAGAAAUUACCACAAUCAUUGUUUUAAAAAGAUUUUGCAUGAAAUUUAUAUA